AAGAACAAGAACAAGAACAAGAACUGCAAUAACAACAACAACAACAAAGACAAAGACAAACAACAUAAACACGGCGUUUCACAAAUAUAUACUUCUGAGUUUAUUUGGAUGCUAACGUACUGUCUAUAAAACUAAUAAUAUAUAUUAAAAGUCCAGAUAGAUAUUAUAUAUACAUGCCAGUGAGGUUUUGUAAACUUAAUGGAGAAGUAAUGUUACCAUAAAUAUAGUUAAGCCAGCAAAAGCUGUUUACUUAGUUAGCUAACACUACGUGUAUCCCUUAUGCUAACGAUUCGAGUAUUGAUUUUUGUAACAUUACAAGCAAACGAAACGAUGACGGCAUAGUCAACGCUACGUUUCAACUUGACUUUGCUAUUAAAAGACGGAUGCGCUGGGCACAAACAUGGAGGUGGCUGUUAAAGGGAGAGCCAAGAGGAGGCACCUGAAUGCAGAGGAAUGUGAUGAACUGGGACGGAGCAGAGAGUACACUGAUGCCCUCACCCAGCCUCACAUGUUUAACCAGGGGCUGAGCAACUGCAAUCUUAACAGGGGGCUUUUCCCAAGGACACCUGCCAAGCGAUGGAAUUGUGGAUCUGCCUCAGAAAGUCCUGUCGAUCAACAGAAGGGCAUCAAUGCCUUCUCUGUAACAGCAGUUAUCAGUUCCAGUCCAUGCAAAUCCCCUCAGCCCUGCUUGGCCACAAAUAGACUUAAUGGAGGGCUUUUUACCAAAGAAGAGUCAAAGAUUGUGAAUGGGGAGGAGGAGGAUGUUAGCCUUUUAGCUGCCCAAUUGGUGCCAAAGCCCGAGGCAAAGGAGGAAGAGGUUGAUGAUGCCAGUCUAUUAGCCGCUGAGAUGGUGUCAGAGUCUGAGGCAAAGCAACAGAAAGUGGUGGUAGAUUAUCUAGAGGGAAUGACAGCAGACAUGUUUGGGGAUGAUGAUGAAUUUGACCAGUGUAACAGUGACAUUCACAGUGAGGCAGAGGAGGUGGAGGCCCUCCCCGAUGCCCACUAUGGGCUCUUGGGCAGUAGCAGGGUCCUGUUACAACCCCAGGGCUGCAUAGAUGACCUUCCAGAGGAGGUGCUGAGGCAAGUCCUGUGCCUUCUGCCUGCCCAGGACCUCUACUGCAGUGCCAGCCUCGUCUCCCAUCAGUGGAGGAACAUCAUCCAGGAUGCCAAGUUUGUGCCCUUUAAGAAACAAUACUACCGAUACAUGAUGAGAGAGAAGGAUACAGUGCUGGAGAUCUCCUCUGUCCUAAAGAACAGUGGCAUAACUGAUCCAGCUCUGUCACAGAACAGCAUACGAAACCUUGUUGUUUUAAUGGGUCAACAUAAAGUUGGAGAGUGGGUGAGGCCAGAGGACGUUCUGGAGUGUGUUAAGAAACAUCGCCUUUUUCCUCAGGCUGAGGCCUCCAUCACAUUACGCAUUCCUGAUAUUCAGAAGUGCUUCAACCUUGAUAUUCAGGGUCCUAACCCAUAUGCUGCCAUGGCUGUCAUAUUGCUCUUAAGUGAGAAUGUGGGUGAUGUGCAGGACUUGGUGUUCCUGCUCACCGGGUGCAUGUCGCAGACUGCCAUCGCAGAGUACCUCAGCCACAUGGCCAUGAUGUUGCUGGCUUUAAAGAGGAACAAUAUCCAGAUUAGCAACAGGUUGCAUUACAACAUCUACUAUGUACUUCAUCUGAUGGAGAAUGGUCCCUUUUCUGUUUGCUCCAGUCAGAGCUGGCAGUCUGAGAUUGAGCUCACACGUGAACAGAAGCAGAUUCUCAGCCACAACAUCCAGGCAGACCAUGUGGUCAAGAUCAUAGCUUUUGCAGGUACAGGGAAGACGACCAUGCUGAUUAAGUAUGCUAAGCAGCGGCCACACCUCCGUUUCCUGUAUGUGGCCUUCAACAAGUCAGUGGCCCGUGAAGCAGAGUGUCGCUUCCCCAGAAAUGUGGACUGCAAGACUGUCCACUCGAUGGCCUACAAUGAUGUUGGGAGGAGGUACCACUUUCAUAAGAAACUGACCCAUAAUCUGAAGCCUUUCACCAUCAACUCUGUUCUGCCUGAAGGUCGCAGUGGCUUCACCAAGGCCAAAGUGGUAACAUCAACCCUGAACAACUUCAUGUCUUCAAUAGACCGGGUCAUCACUACCACACAUGUCCCCAGCACAUACUUAACUAAUAACAUCAGGGUGUACAUAGACAAUCUUGAAAAACAGUUAUUUGUCAGUGAAGCACGGAAGAUCUGGGCCAAAAUGAAGGAUCUGAAUGAGACAGAAGUAAAUGCCUACCACAUGACCCACGAUGGUUACCUUAAGUUGUGGCAGCUCCAAGUCCCCAAACCGCGGCUGUCUGACCAGUACGAUGUCAUCUUCAUUGACGAGGCCCAGGACUGCUCUCCGGCCAUCAUGGAUGUGCUGUUGUCUCAGUGCUGUGGGAAAAUUCUGGUUGGAGACCCACAUCAGCAGAUCUACACCUUCAGAGGAGCUGUCAAUGCCUUGCAAAUUGUUGACCACACACAUGUGUACUACUUGACGCAGAGCUUUCGGUUUGGUGCUGAGAUUGCCUAUGUGGGUGCCACUAUCCUCUCAGUGUGUAAGCAUGUCCAGAAGAUACUUGUAGGAGGAAAGCAGAAUGGCGGUGUGUGUGAUAAGACUGCAGACAACAUUAUGGAAGCUGUGAAGAUGGGUGUGAGUCAGUCCCGGGGGAAGACAGCCAUCUUGUCGAGAUGCAAUCUCGGUGUGUUCAGCACGGCCGUCCAGUUGACUGAUCCCAACCCUCACUGCCGUGUCCACAUCAUAGGAGGUGUCGAAAAAAUCGGCCUGGACAGGAUCCUAGACAUCUGGCGCCUGAUGCAGGUGACAGGGAAAGUGAUCCAAGGGAAAAAGCAGCAACCAAAAUUUAAGGAUCCUCUUAUUCGCUCCUUUGCAAUGAAAGGUCCAAAUGCCUUCUGGGCUCUGAAGAAGUACAUCAUGCAGACCGAGGACUUGGAACUGUCGGCCAAACUCAACAUUGUUGAAAAAUAUGGAAAUCGAAUCCCUGAGCUGGUGACACGCCUGCAAAAGUGCUCUGACAAAGACAUUCACACUGCAGACUUUAUAGUUGGAACAGUCCACAAGGCUAAAGGUCUGGAGUUUGACACUGUGAUGAUUAACGAUGACUUUGUCAAGGUUCCGUCCUCCAGGCACAACCUGCGCCACCAUCCUCACUUCUCAUUUGCCAACAUUCCAAGUGAUGAGUGGAACCUACUGUAUGUGGCAGUGACUCGUGCCAAGACCUCGCUGAUCAUCACUAAGAGCAUCCGACACAUCCUCACAGUGGCUGGGGAGUACUUCCUGAAGUCUGAGAUGCCCACCUUGCUGAUGAAGACAGAUGAGCCUCUUCCAUGCUCAAUCCCAAACUGUCCCAACUGCAUCACACCUGGCUCAGCAUUCGUCAUGUGCAAACAACAGAUGAAAUGUACUGAUGGUGUGUCAGAGGGUGGCCCGCUGUGCGAGAGAUGUGUGUGGGCACGCAUCGGGCCGACCGCCUUCCUCAUGACUGAUGAUGUGAUCUCUAUGGCUGAAAUACCAGAGAGACUUGGCCCAGACAUCCGUGGAAUAGUGUUGGCACUUUUCUAAUACUGAACAUUUUCAGGGACCUGAAAUGAAAGUUUUCUUUAGAGUUGUCCUGAAAAGGAGUUCUAUGUGACCUAAAACACAUUAACCAGGACCUGAACAGCUAAUAAUAAUGCUGGUCCUCAGUCAGCCAAAAACCCUAAAACAGACUGAAAACUUUUUUUUUUUUUUUUUUUUUUAAAAAAAAGCUCAAUUUUGUUUUCAAGAGAUGGAACAUUCAAGGGGUCACUACUUACCAACACUGUGACCAUGUUUCAGGGGGCGGCUGUGGCUCAGGAGGUAGAGUGGGUCGUCUCCUAGCUGAAAGAUUAGAUUAAUAUACUGUAUAGUUGACAUGCCCUCAAGAAAAUCACCUAUAGUUCCUAAUGGCAGCCAGUCUCGGACUGCGGUUUAACCAGAGAGUUCAGUGUGAUUAUGUUAACAGUGAUGGAGAAUUGUGUAUUUGUUGAAAUGUUAAU